AUGCUUGUUUCCCCAGCAUGCUUCAUCUUCAUCUUUCUCCUCUGCCAGCUCACAGGGCCAGCAGCCUCUGGAGUACCGAAGAAACUAGUUGGUGCCCUUGGUGGGUCUGUGACUUUCCCACUGACUCUCUCAGUAGAUCCAAUUGACAGCAUUAUCUGGGUCUUCAACACAACCACUCUCGUCACCAUACAGCCAAAGAUGGCAGACAAAAAAGCCCUUAUCAUAGUGACCCAACAUCGUAACAAGGAAAGGGUGAGUUUCCCACAUGAAGGCUACUCCCUGAAGCUCAGCAAACUGAAGAAGAAUGACUCAGGUGUCUACCGCGUGGAGAUACACGGCCCAACCCUCCAGGAUCCCCUAACCCAGGAGUAUGAGCUGCGUGUCUAUGGGCACCUGUCAAAGCCCAAAGUCAUCAUAGGUCUGCAGAACAAUAAGAAUGGCACAUGUGUAACCAAUCUGACAUGUUCCAUGGAACAGGGAGGAGAGGAUGUAACUUACAGCUGGCAGUGCCUGGGACAGGCGACCAAUGAGUCCCAUAGUGGCUCCAUCCUCCCCAUAUCCUGGAGGCAGGAGAAAAGGGAGAUGACCUUCAUCUGCAUAGCCAGAAACCCCAUCAGCAGCAACUCCUCCAACCCCAUCUUUGCCUGGAAGCUCUGUGAAGAGUCCAUUGAAGAGAAGGGACUGAACCUUCAUCCAGAAACUCUUAACUACCCCCCUGCUUUGGGAGAGACCUUGGAGUAUGACACAAUCUCUUACUUUAAUAGCACUGUACCAGAGGAAAAUGUAGUAAAUACACUUUAUUCCACUGUGCAAAUACUCCCAAAGCAGGUGGAGAAAUCCCACUCACAGCCCACGUUACCAGACACACCAAGGUAAUUUACCCAUGAGAAUGUCAUCUAA